AUGCCUACCGAGGAUAGCUACGGGACUCAGCACCAUCCCCCCUAUAGGGGUACCUCCCAGAGGAAACCUUCAGCAGAUGCCAAUCUCCAGGCAGAGCUGGAGAGCCUCUGGGCCAGUGUCACCAAGAUGUCUGAGAAAUAUGACCAUCUUCAUGCCAAGAACGUUGAGCUAGAGCAUGACUACCGCACGCUGAAGCGUAACUGGGAGAUGAAUCAGGCCCAAGGCUCACAAUGCAGCCUUACCUAG